AGCGUUGUCAACUGCAUUGCCCCUCAUUCGGUGUUCAUCAUCCUGCGCACACGAUAAAGAAGCUGCCUUCCAAAAGUUUCGAGGAUGAGACACAUCAGAUUCCGAGCCUGCUUGCUGCUUCUAUGUCUAAGUCUGCUGGUCCUUCAUCUCUUCAAAGAUUUUAUGGACCCAAAGACCCUUCACUUCCAAGCUAACAUGAGAGAGGAUAUCGAUCAAAUAACGACACUCGCCCCGAAACACUACGAUUUCCUUUGGCCAAGUUGUCGACAGAACAUGUCUGUUGCCAAUAUCUCCGGCUUCAGCUCUCUUCCUGACUUGAUAAAAGACUUUCUGUACUCUCGGCACUGUCGCAAAUUCCCGAUGCUACUGGACCUUCCUCAGAAAUGUGGCGGAAUUGAUCGAUCAGAAGACGUUUUCCUUCUCCUCGUCAUAAAAAGCUCCCCUGUGAACUACGAGCGUCGAGAGGUUCUGCGUAAGACCUGGGCCAAAGAGCGAUUACACAACGGGAUGUGGAUCAGGAGGGUUUUCGUCUCGGGGACGAUGGACAAAGGCUUUGAAAAUACAAGGCUGAACAAACUCCUGGAAAUAGAGCAAAGGGAGCACAAAGACAUCCUCCAGUGGGACUUUGCCGACUCGUUCUACAACCUCACCUUGAAGCAAGUUCUCUACCUGGAGUGGAUGGAAAGAAACUGUCCAAAAGCUCGCUUUGUUUUCAAUGGUGAUGAUGAUGUUUUUGCCAACACGGACAACAUGGUGGAGUAUCUCCGGAGCCUUGAAGGCAACAACGGAAACAAGCACCUCUUCACUGGUCAUUUAAUCCAAAAUGUGGGCCCUAUUCGAUCACCUGGGAGCAAGUACUACAUCCCUGUUCAGGUGCAGGAGUCAGACUCAUACCCUCCCUACUGUGGGGGUGGGGGCUUCCUUCUCUCAGGCUACACGGCUUUGGUCAUAUUCAACAUGUCCCGCUCGAUUACCAUUCUUCCCAUUGAUGAUGUUUACAUGGGGAUGUGUCUGGCCAAAGCGGGACUGGCGCCAAGCUCUCAUAUGGGGGUGAAGACAGCAGGACUGCACAUCCCCUCCAGCAACCUUGAUAAGUACGACCCGUGCUACUAUAAAGACGUGCUGCUGGUGCACAGAUUUCUCCCAGCUCAGAUGUAUCUGAUGUGGCACAGAACACAUGACCCUGCUUUGAAAUGUGCUUCCUAAAUCGACCUCCAGAUAAAAACCUGGGACUUAAGGAGGAGUGAAUAGGACUGAGCCUCCUCAUCUUCAUGUGGACGCUUUAAACAGAGGCUUGCCCUAAAGCUGGUGAAGCUGAUUGUCAUCAACAUGGACAGUUUUUAUGGACCGAGCCAUUUUAUGUUGACUGGCAGCUGUCACUAGAAUAAAUCAGGUCAACUUCUUUCUGUGAGAAAUGAGUUUGGUGGGGUGAACAAGUGCCCCUAACAGACUAAACACAGGGGCGUAGCAUAAUUCCCCCAUCCCAAUAGCAUUUAUCCUUCCCUGCACACGUGUACUGUAUGUGUGAUCUGGUUCUCCAGGUGGUUGUGGUGGAAAAGUCAGAAUCUUAAACAGCAACAAAAGAGAAUUUGUUACAACAGUUUUAUUUACUCAUAAUCAGAUGGUACAAAAUUGGAUUGGGUUGUCAUGACUACAGACAGUGUCUCCGGAGACGUUAGAAGGUGCACCCUAUGAAAGAAUUAAGAAAGAGCGCACACCUGAGUCGGUCCACAGCAGUUAUUUAUAAGCUCCCUGAUGGUCUGAUUCUAGCAUAACAACGUAUGUAACUGUCCAAUGUUCAACUAUCACCCCACCAACAGAAGUAGCACUUUGUCAGGGUGACCUGACCUGUCAUGUCAUGUCCCUCCCAAUGCAUUCAGUUGAGAGGUAACCCUAGGACAGAAAUGUUGCCACUACAUUCCCCCCUUCCAGGGUUAUAGAACCCUGGACUAUUCCAAUUUCUGACCUGGGGUUACCUCUCAACUGAAUGGGACAUGAUAAUGUAAAGUUGUCUUCGAAUAGGCAAUUCCAUUUUGGACUUGGACCCGGGUUGUAGCUUCAACCAGCCCAAGGAUAAUAAUGCUACAAUGUUUAUUUCCUCUAGAUCAGAGGUGCCCGGGUUGUUUUGUUUGACCCCCUUUGCAAAUGUAAUACAUGACAUCUUUCAAGCUCACACGAUCAUUGAUGGCAUGUCUACAAGGCGAGUCGCCUUCUAUGGAACGUGACGAUAUGGCGGUAUGAGGAUAAACUCCUCACAUAUGGUACUGCGUGUAUGCUUAAAAUCGCUGUUUGACCAUUGGAAGCAAGAAGUUUGGGCACCUUUGCUUAAUACAGCUAGCAUACACAAAACAUUUUGCACGUCAAUUAUGAGCAAACAACAAGUUAGUUGUAAUCAAAGUCGUAGACAACCCCAGUGUGGUGUAAUGCAUGCAACAGAGAGACAUAUUCAAAUAAAUACAAUUACGUUUAUAGAUAAAUAUGUCCAUGCCAUGUCCUUAAACUGGCUCGCUAAAAGAGCAAAUUACCCUACAAGCUGGCGAACUAAUAAAAAAAACAUGAACAUACGCCCAUGGCAUAUUACGAACUACUUUCAUUCCGUAAUACUAUAGCUGAUAGCUGAGAACAGAAGAAACAUAUAUGACGUGCUAUGUGCGUACAGACACUGUAGGCUAGCUAGCUAGCUGGCUAGCUUGAAAAUAUGUUGUUAACUCAACAACCAACAAGCCUCGAUGAUAUAAAGAUAGUAGAGAUGUCCGAUAAUAUCGGACUGCCGAUAAUAUCGGCUGAUAAAUGCUUUAAAAUAUAAUAUCGGAAAUUAUCGGUAUCGGUUUUAAAAAGUUAAAUUUAUGACUUUUUAAAACGCCGCUGUACGGAGUGGUACACGGACGUAGGUACAGAGCAGUUGCGUCUCCCAGUCAUACUUCAACGCUCCCGAUUUUCCCGGGAGACUCCCGAAUUUCAGUGCCCCUCCCGAAAAUCUCCCGGGGCAACCAUUGUAACACUGUUACAAAUAUGCGCCACACUGUGAACCCACACCAAACAAGAAUGACAAACACAUUUUGGUGGAAAAUCCGCACCGUAACACAACAUAAACACAACAGAACAAAUACCCAGAACCCCUUGCAGCACUAACUCUUCCGGGACACUACAAUAUACACCCCCCCGCUACCCCUACACCCCCCCAACUCAACCCCGCCCCCCCAACCCCGCCCACCUCAACCUCCUCAUGCUCUCUUAGGGAGAGCAUGUCCCAAAUUCCAAGCUGCUGUUUUGAGGCAUGUUAAAAAAAAUAAUGCACUUUGUGACUUCAAUAAUAAAUAUGGCAGUGCCAUGUUGGCAUUUUUUUUCCAUAACUUGAGUUGAUUUAUUUUGGAAAACCUUCUUACAUUGUUUAAUGCAUCCAGCGGGGCAUCACAACAAAAUUAGGCAUAAUAAUGUGUUAAUGCCACGACUGUAUAUAUCGGUAUCGGUUGAUAUCGGAAUCGGUAAUUAAGAGUUGGACAAUAUCAGAAUAUCGGAUAUCGACAAAAAAAGCAUUAUCGGACAUCUCUAAAAGAUAGUAUUUUAAUUGGUGACAUAACACAGACAGUGUGAAUAUGAUAUUUACGUGCACAAACCUCUCAAUAUUAGUCUGUUUAUUUGACCGAAGAUUCCGCUGAUGUAUUGCUGGACAGUAGACAUAAUAGGUGAUAUUAUUUGCUCACAUAUGCCACCUGUUGGUUGUUUGCGCACACUGCAGCUCAACCUGAAAAAAAAUGACCAAGCCCCCCUUUCCCUCCCAGGCGAGAGCCAGCCAGGAAUGGGGCCUACUGUGAGACCGUCAAUAGCAAUAUUUGGCUCAUUAUUUCAUUCUGUCCACCAACAAAAGAAUGGCAUCGCCGGUCAAUGAAAAGCAUCUGAAGUCGAUUCGUAGUACUGUUGUCUGCAUCAAAAAGCUAAAUUAUUCUCAAACGUGAAGCAAAAAAAAAAUUUUUAGCUUUUUUCAUUGCUUUUCGUAGAUUUCUCACAACACCAAUAACACAAAGUUAAGGUACAAUAUUUAAUUGUUUGUACGUUUUUAUUAGAAACAGUGGGGAAGUUUGCGUUUUAUUUUUUCACUUAGAUUAAUCACAUGUUUUAAUGGUGAUUAAUCAUGAUUAAUCACAAUCACUUGCAGAACUUAUAUUUGGUACGUUUUGUUGACAACAUUGUUGCAAGUUUACUUUGUGGAAACACAUUUUGAUUUAAGGUAAAACAGCAUGUGCGGUCAAAAUAAAUGACGUGAUCAAUCUGUGUUUAUACAUGAUUAAUGCGACACUAUUUAGAAAGUAAUCGCAUGCGUUAACGCUUUAACUUUGACAGCCCUAGUUGAUGAACUUAAAGUACUUACAAUGUUGCUUGUACGAUUAUUACAUUAUUUUGACAAUAUCACUGGAACAGAUUAUUCCCAUUAAUUUCCUUUUAUACAGGAAGUCUGAGAUUUUUCAGAUUAUGUUUGACAUUUAAGUCCCACAGUGUCUCCCAAUUUUUGUCAUUUAAUUUUCCAUCCAUCCAUCCAUUUUCUACCGCUUGUCCCUUUCGGGGUCGCGGGGGACGCUGGAGCCUAUCUCAGCUGCAUUCGGGCGGAAGGCGGGAUACACCCUGGACAAGUCGCCACCUCAUCACAGGGCCAACACAGAUAUUGAAAACAACAAAAAUAUGUUUACACAACUGGUAUCCUUUUUUUUUUGUUCAAAACUAAAAAAAAAAAAAGCACUCACAAAGGCAGCAAAUUAAAAUUGUAUUUUACAGAAGUGCUGUAUUUUGUGAUAUUUACACGUAAAAAGCAUUACCGUUUGCGACUUUAAUGCACAAAAUGUGUCAAAGUUGCCUCGUGCACACUUCCAAUUUCAUGACUCCCUUUUUGGGGUAUUUUUGUUAAGAUAUUUUGUGUAAUAUUUAUCAGUGAAACGUAAAGUGUCAUUAAUUAAGUAAAAUAAACAACAAUAUUCAAAUACUUCCAUACUACCGGUAGUUUUUGUACUACAAAAUUAUUGUAAUAACCAGCAUGGGUGGACCUAAAUUUUUCGUUUUAUUAACCAAAAUGUUGCUUUGUGACAUUAUUGGUUAUGCUGUGUAGGUUUUAGUGCCUUACUUUUUAGAUUUCCAUCAUCUCGUGACAGAAAUGCAUUUUUGCCUCCAGUUUGUUGUGUACUAAGUUGCUGUGCUGUUGCUAUGAAAUGAGUUUGUUCAUCAAGCAUCCAAACACAAAGCAUGCAUGUUUCCAUCUGGUUAAACUGCAUAUACAAGUGCUUGCAAGAGCAAACAUGGAAAUGUGAUCCUUGUUGCAUAUUGCAAUUAUUAUUACAGCCAUAUGAAAAAAAUAGUGCCGUAAUAACAUUAGGAUUUUUUUUUACUGUUUAUGCUAUGAUUGAAAUGGCAUCAUAAUGUUUAAUUUGAGUUGUUAGGAAUUUAAGCAGGACUAAUGCGGCCAUUAUCACUUUUUAUACUGAGAAAAUAUGCAACUUGUUAAUGAUAAGAUAGGGUGUGGCUGCAGGAAUGAUUUCAUUAUCUUUACUGGUGACAUAUGAGUUUGUUUUACGUAGACUCUCCUGCAAGCUUGGCAGUGCCAUUAUUGUAAACACAAAUGAACUUUAAGCUGAAGAAUGUUAACUCUAAAACAUUUUAUAUCGAUAUUUAAAUUAUUAAACACAUGUGUACACAAGUCCUUGUCUUACUUGUGUACUUGUACUGAUUCUGUUAGACAAUCCCAUUUUUUUUGUAAAAUAUUGUUGUAAAUAUUGUCUCAGGGUCUUCAAUGUUUUAUAAAAAAAAAUUGUGAUUUUAUUCAACCAAGAGGGCUCAUAUCUUUUUUUUUUUUACACUGUGAUUUACAAUUUAAACAAUGUGUAAUCCAGCAGAAUAAAAAUCUAUUCAUGGCUUUUUGCUGUUACAACAUAUAAAAAUAAAUAAGGAAUAUGUUUUUUAUGGGUGCUGAACUGCUGAUUAAUAAACAGAUUAAAAUGUUUCUUCAUUGUUGUGAGACAUAAAUUGUGCAUUUUAAAAAUAUAUUUUAUAAUCUAAAACAAGUAUUAAUGCAACACUUGGGUUAUUUGA